AUGUCUUCGAAGAAGAGAUGCGGUGUCUUGGGGGCGACUGGAGCGGUGGGGACGCGGUUCAUUCUCCUGCUCGCUCAACAUCCGCUGCUAGAACUGGUAGCUGUAGGAGCUUCGGAGAAGUCGGCUGGUCAAAAAUACUCUGAUGCCGUGCGUUGGAAACAGUCGACCCCAAUGCCCGCACACGUCGCCAGUAUGACCGUCCGACGCUGCGUUCCUGCCGAAUAUCCAGAUUGCGACAUCAUCUUCUCCGGCCUGAAUGCUGAUGUGGCUGGUGACGUUGAAAUGGCCUUUCUCAAAUCAAACUUCGCCGUCUUUUCAAAUGCCAAAAACUUCCGAUUGGCCCCUCAGGUUCCGCUGAUUGUUCCGCUGGUCAACCCAGGACAUAUCGAGACGAUCCCAACACAGCGUCGGCAUUACCAACUAGACAAAGGCCUUCUUGUGUGCAAUUCAAACUGUGCCGUCAUCGGACUCGUUGUCCCCGCCGCGGCUCUCAUUCAAAAGUUCGGACCUAUCGACACAGUGAGCAUGGUGACUAUGCAGGCAGUCUCGGGAGCGGGAUAUCCUGGCGUUAGCAGCAUGGACAUCAUUGACAAUAUCGUUCCCUACAUCCCAGGCGAGGAGCCCAAGGUUCCAGCUGAAGCUCGCAAGAUUUUGGGCAGUUUGAGUGCGGACCUGUCGGCAUUUGUCGACCAACCUCUCCGGGUUUCCGUCGCCUGCAACCGUGUCCCGGUGCUUAACGGCCAUACAGUGUGUGUGUCGUUACGAUUCGCAAACCGACCCCCUCCGUCCGUGAGCCAGGUCCGCGACGCAAUGAAAGAGUACAGUUCGGAGGUGCAACUCCUCGGAUGUCCCUCGGCCCCGAAACAGGCCAUUGUCGUUUUGGAUGAGGCCGAUCGACCGCAACCUCGCCUUGACAUUGAGACAGAAAGGGGAUAUGCGUGCAGCGUAGGCAGAAUCAGGGAAGACGAAAGCGGCAUCUUUGACAUUCAGUUUGUCGCCCUGAGCCACAACACAAUCCUGGGAGCUGCCGGAUCCUCCAUUUUGAAUGCUGAGAGUGCAAUUCUGAAAGGCUACAUCUAA